AUGUGGUACGACUGCGGGAACGACACGCUGCGACAGGUCGAUUUCCUGGCUAGCAAUGACAGCCUCGCGCCCGGUGUGCCGGCGAGUGGCCGCUUCUCGAAUUUCACAUUCGUCUUGUAUCAGCUCUCGUCAGAUCUGGCAGAGGUCGGUGGAGACGAUGGGUCCACAUCGCUGCUCCCGCUCUCGACCUGGACGCCGAGCGAUCCCGACGAAGACCCGCCUCCGCGCGCCUACCGCCGCUUUCCCGCCGUGGAGCCCCUCAUGCAGCGCUGGGCAUGGUCGCCUCGGUGGCAGAACGGCCUCGCGCUCGUGUUGCUUCCUGACGACGCAGCGGUGCACAAGCACUACCUAGAACAGCUGCAGAUCAACGCCACAGCGGCUCCCACGAUCAACGACUACCUGUACGAGCUCGUCACGACCAGGAACGUCACAGGCGCCGAGAUCGUCGCUGCCCACGCGGUGAUAUUUGAAGAUUACCUGAACAUGACAGCAAUCACGGACAACUCGGGCGGACGAGGAUACGUGCUGGUCCCGGACGACUACGCUGGAGGCGAGGGCGCAGACGUGCGCGUGUACAGGACCCUCGCCAGCGGCGCGACGCGCAGCAGCCAGUUCGCGUACGCCGAGAGCGAUCUGAUCGCAAAGCGCCACCCGUCACUCCCCUCCACCUUCGUCCUGCGCUCCCCGGGGUCCCACGUGCCCUUCACCUCGUGGGACCACCGCUCCUUCUGCCACGGCAAGGGCGCCGUCGUGCGCGUGCCCCGGGUCCUCUCGCCCUCGUACUCCGAGGAGCAGCGCCGCUGGGACGAGCAGGAGCUGCGCGCGUGGAUGCUCCGGCACGAGGACACGGCUGCGGCGGCCACGUGUCUCGACAAGCUCGGCGCGCUCGACGCGCUGCUCGUUGCGCCCCGCGGUACUGUGCUGGUCCCCAGCUCACAGGCGGUCGACAGCUUCGUGCGCGUCUCGUCGUCGGCCUUUCCCGGCGGCGGUGUCGGGUGCGACGCCGUCCUGGGCCUCGAGGACCAACACCCCCUGCUGGCCGCCCUGCGCGCUCCCCUCCGGGAGCAGCUGCCGUGCUCGAACCUGCUCGAUCGCAUCGAGAUCUCGGACCGUGCUCAGCCUGGAGAGGUCCGCGCACUAUCGAGCUGCUCGUGGCCCCGCGUCGCAGCGAAUCCAGGUCCGCCGGAGAGCGGCUCCGCCACGAAAGAGGUCGUGAUCCGAUUACAUCGAUACAAUAACGCAACCUCAGGGGCUAUCCAGACAGCCGCCUACGCCUUCGACCAGGUCACCUCGGCCACACCAGUCGCGAUCACCGAAACAGCGCCCGUCGGGUCCCUCCUCGUCGCGGUCGCCAGCGCAGUGAUCGGAUCUGGACUCGCGCCCCUUCCUGCCACGUACCCGGAGAUCCUGUCCGACGCAGAGGCGCCAACCGCGCCCGAAGGCUUCGCACAAUUCGAGAGCCUCGUCGAGCGUGCGCUCAACCGCACACGCCAGAGCCAGCCCGCCCUCCCUGCAGCAAGUCACUCAGGGAAGUCUGGGUACUUCAAAGUCUCCUAUGUCGCAGACAUCACCUUCGUCGCGCGCAGCAUCGGCGAGCUUGGCGCCGGAUCCACGACGCUGACGCCGUUGCAGAGAAAUGUCGUCGCCGCGGUGGCAGCGUCGACGCUCGGGCCCGCUGCAGCUGACGCAUCGGCACUCGUCGAGCCGCUGGCGACGCCGGAAGCAACGCUCGCACGUCGCGCUGCAUCGGUGAUUUCCGACAUCGCGGUCACAGCGCGCCGACUCGCGGGCAACGCCGGGGCUGCGGCUGCCCUGAGCCGCUACCGCGUCACGGUCUCGCUGCUCUCGUGGGAUGGCGUCGCCGCCCAGGAGGCGCUCGCUGCGGCCCGCAUGGCGCUCGAGGAUGGCGGUUUCGCGGCCGCACUUGACAGAGCGCUGCUCGGCACGGGGGCUCCGCAAGUGCACGAUGUGUUUGUCGUUCAGGAUCCUAUCGUGCAAACGGCGCUCCUGCCAAGCCACAUCGUGUCGGGAGAACGGCAGAAACUCAAGGCAACAGCUGCAGCCUCGUCGUCGGGUGUCCAGCUGGCCGCGAUCCUCGCGGCCGCCUGCCUGGCGCUCCCUGUUGUGGUGACGGCGGCGUGA